AUGCCGGCUGCAAGAUACUACUCCGGGAACCACAAACCCAUCGACGAAGAGAAGCACGACGAUGGCGGUCCCCCAGCACGCGAAGUCUCCGGCGGCUCCGACCAGGGCACGGCCAUUGUCGAAUCGGCCCCGCUAAGGCGAGCCCUGCACGGCCGUCAUAUGCAGAUGAUUGCUAUCGGCGGCUCGAUCGGCGCGGGGUUAUUUGUCGGCUCUGGCAGUGCACUGAGUACCGGAGGUCCCGCCAGUUUGACGAUUGGUUUCAUCAUUGUCGGCUUCAUGCUGCUUUGCACGAUGCAGGCUCUCGGCGAGCUGGCGGUUCUGUACCCCGUUAAUGGCGCCUACUAUAUCUAUAUGGCGCGCUUUCUUGAUCCUGCGUGGGGAUUCGCCAUCGGAUGGGACUACGCUCUCGGCUGGCUAUUGAUCUUACCUUUUGAAAUCACAGCCGCCGGUAUCACGAUCCAGUUCUGGGAAAGCGCCAAAGACAUCGACAUCGGCGUCUGGAUCGCCGUCUUCAUGGUCGCCCUCAUUGUCGUCCAGUUCUUUGGCGUCCGUGGGUAUGGCGAAGUCGAAUUCGCCCUCGGCCUCAUCAAAAUCCUCGCCUGCCUCGGCUUCAUCAUCCUCGGCAUCGUCAUCGACUGCGGCGGCGUCCCCACCGACUCCCGCGGCUACAUCGGCACGCGCUACUGGGUGUCCCCCGGCGCCUUCCGCCACGGCUUCCACGGCUUCUGCUCCGUCUUCGUGACAGCCGCCUUCGCCUUCGGCGGCACCGAACUCGCGUGCCUCGCCGCCGCCGAAGCGGCCUCGCCGCGGCAAUCCCUGCCCAAAGCGACGCGGCAGGUAUUCUGGCGCGUGUUUUUCUUCUACAUCGUCAACACGUUUAUCCUCGGGCUCAUCGUGCCGAGUGACGAUGGAAGGUUGUUGAACGCGUCCGGCGCCAACACCGCGUACAGCCCCUUCGUCAUCGCCAUCCGCCUCGCCGGGAUCAAAGUCCUGCCGAGCGUCUUCAACGUCGUCAUCUGCAUCGCGGUCCUCUCCGUCGCGAAUUCCGCCACCUUCGGCUCGACGCGGACGUUCCAGGCGCUGGCCUCGCACGGCAUGGCGCCGCGGUGGCUGGCGUACGUCGAUCCGCGCGGCCGGCCGCUGGCCGCGGUCGGGCUGCAGAUCGCGUUCGCGUUCCUGGCCUUCGUGAACGAGGUCGAGGCGGGGGAGACGGUGUUCAACUGGCUGCUGGCGCUGUCGGGGCUGUCGAACUUCUUCGUGUGGGGCAGCGUGUGUCUCGCGCACAUACGGUUCCGGCGCGCGUGGAGGCUGCGCGGGCGGCGGGUGCGCGAGCUGCCGUUCGCGGCGGCGAUGGGGACGAAGGGGAGUUGGGUGGGGUUGGGGUUGAAUGCGGUUUGUCUUGUGGCGCAGUUUUAUGUCGCGUUGUUUCCGGUCAACGGGGGUGGGCCUGAGGCGGGGAGGUUUUUUCAGUCGUAUCUGGCUGCGCCGCUGAUUCUUGGGCUGUACGUUUUCUGGAAGGUGUAUAGUGCGUGUUCUGGGGAUGAGCGGAUUAAUCAUCGCGGGUGGAAGUUGUUUAUGCGGUCGCAUGAGAUGGAUUUGACGAGUGGGAUGCGCGAGGGCGUGUUGGAGGUGCCGGAGGGGGAGGCGGAUGAGGUGGAUGACAGGACGCUGGGGCAGAAGAUUGCAAGGUUGCCGGUGACGGUGUGGAAGGCGCUGAUUUGA